GCGGGGUCCGCCAUCUUGGAUUUUGGAUAGGUUUGCAAGCGCAACACGAAGGCGGCAGCAGCAGCAGCAGGCUCUGACAGCCAGACCGCAACAUUCGACGGAACCGUGCGUUUGUCGUUCCGUGGUUGUGAUCGUUUUCCUCCGUUCUCGGUCGAAAAAUCCUUUUUAUUUUGUUGUUACUAUUGUCCACGAACCGAAAAGUGUACAGCAUCGGACGUAAACAGUGAGCGCGAAUCCCCUGGUACCAGGGAAAGGCAGUGUAAUAAGCAAAUCGGUGCGGUGCGAAAACUUCCAAACGUCCACGAUGGCUUCCGACGAGGAAAUUGACGAGUCCAUUGCCGAGGAAGACGGUGGCUUGGCGGACGAAGGGGUCGACGCAUCGCUGGCGGCCGACGCGGACGACGCUUCGGACGAGGAGGUGAACGCCAAGGGUGCGACACAGGCGGACGAGGACGACGACUACGAGCCGGAAGACAGUCGGAAGAAAAAGAAGGGCAAAAAGCGAAAGGCCCGCAGCAGCGACGAGAAGCGUGGCCGCAAAAAGAAAAAGCGCAAGAAGAACGAUAGCGGCGACGAAAGCGAUCAGAAGCAGAGUGACGAUGGAGGAAGCAGUGCGGCGGCAAGUGCUGCGGCGGCGGCGGCGGCUGCGGCUGCCCAAGCCGAAUCCGACUAUGAGGCGCGCCCCAAGCGCGGUCGCGAUCGCAAGAAGGGAAGCAGCAGCAGCAGCCGGGGGGUGACCGAGGUGUCGGAAAAGAAGUCGGCGGUGGUGGAGGAGAAGGAAAAGAUGCCCUCGAUUCAGGAGGUGUGCAGUUCGUUCGAUCUGACCGACGUGAAGAUCGAGUACUCGGAGGAAGACUUCGAGAAUCUGGUUACGUUCAAAAUGUUCCAGACGCACGUCCGGCCCAUCCUGACGAAGGAAAACCCCAAGGUGCCGAUGGCGAAGCUGAUGAUGCUAGUGGCGGCCAAGUGGCGCGAGUUUUGCACACAGAACCCGCACAUCCCGAGCGAAGAGGCGGGGGGCGAGGCGAAGGAAGAGGAAGCCGCACCGGCCACGCCGGAGUACGUGCCCAAGUCGAGCCGAUCGCGAAGCAAGAUGGAGAACAAGCACGAGGACAUGGUGUACGACGACGAGGACGAGGAGGACGAGGAAGAGGUGGAGCGCGAGAGGACGCGUAAAAGCAAGAAGGGCAAGAGUGGUGGCGGCGGUGGCGGUGGUAGUAGCAGCAGCAACAAGAAGGGCGGAGGAAGCAGCAGCAGUGGGCGCAAGCAGAAAGUUCCAACCCUCAAGAUUAAGUUCGGCAAGCGCAAGAACGCCUCGUCGGAUGAGGAUCAGGACGCGAGCGGCGCUUCGGAGCGUGAUUCGGAUGCCGAAUUCGAGAAGAUGCUGCAGCAGUCGGAGUCAGAGAAGCCGGAGAAGCCGGAGCGGGGAGGGGGCGAAUCUUCUUCCGGGCUGGCAGCCACCGAUGGCGGCGCCGGAGACGACACGUCCGAUCCGCCCGUUCGCAAGAAGGCCAAGACGAAGAUCGGCAACAAGUCGAAGAAGAAGAGCAAAUCGAAGAAAAGCAAGUUCCCGGACGGCGGCGAGGAAGGCGAGCACGAACACCAGGACUACUGCGAGGUGUGCCAGCAGGGCGGGGAGAUUAUCCUCUGCGAUACCUGCCCGAAGGCGUACCAUCUGGUGUGUCUCGAUCCGGAGCUGGAGGACACGCCGGAAGGCAAGUGGUCCUGCCCGACGUGCGAAGCGGAAGGUCCGGCCGACGACGAUGACGACGAGCAUCAAGAGUUUUGCCGGGUGUGCAAGGAUGGCGGCGAGCUGCUGUGUUGCGACAACUGCCCGUCGGCGUACCACACGUUCUGCCUCAAUCCGCCCCUCGAUGACAUUCCGGACGGGGAGUGGCGGUGUCCGCGUUGCAGUUGCCCGCCGCUGCCGGGCAAGGUGCAGAAGAUUCUCACCUGGCGCUGGACUGACAAACCGAUCAACCCGGACGAGCCGUCCACGUCGAAGGGCACGGGUGGGCCGACGAGGCGCCGCGAGUACUUUGUCAAGUGGGCCGAAAAGUCGUACUGGCACUGCGACUGGAUCACCGAGCUGCAGCUGGACGUGCACCAUCCGCUCAUGUUCCGCUACUACACGCGCAAGUACGACAUGGAGGAGCCGCCCAAGCUGGAGGAGGCGCUAGACGAGCAGGACAACCGGUACAAGCGCAUCCAACGCAUGCGCGACAUCCAGGGAGACGUGAACGAAACCGAGCUGGAGGAAAAGUUCUACCGGUACGGCGUGAAACCGGAAUGGCUGAUGGUGCACCGCGUGAUCAACCACCGGACGAUGCGCGACGGCCGCACGCUCUACCUGGUGAAAUGGCGUGAGCUGCCGUACGAUCAGGCCACCUGGGAGGAGGAGGAAGAGGACAUUCCCGGGCUGAAGAUGACCAUCGAGUACUAUCUCGAUCUGCGCGCCAACUGCUCGCAGGACAUCGGCGGCGGAAGCGGUGGUGGUGGA